CAACAUUGUCCGAACAGGGUAACCAGCCCCCUUCUACUAAGCAACCUACACAAUGACACUCGAAAACGACGCGGUCGCCGGUGCCACAAUUGAGCUCCUCGAGACCCGUCUGCGGCGCCUCACAUACCUCUUGACCGGCGAUGCAAACUGGACGGGCAAUCCCACGCCGCCCGCAAAGCCCGCAUCUCUCGAUGACAGCGUCUCGCGCCGUCUUCUUCGCCUAGAGAGGGACCUGGAAAAGCUGAGCAGAAACAUCCCGGCCGUCAGAGAUGUCCUGAGUCUCCACGACCGCUUCCCCGACCUCUUCCGCCAAACACCUUCCAAAUCACUCCCUGAGAAUCUAUCGACACAGAACCUCGCCUCGAUCGUCCUAUCCUACGCUUCUGCAUUUCCCGAGACCGCGUCCCGACUUACUUCGUUGAAUGACCUCCCCAUCCCGGACGCCGAGACUUCAGCGUCGCUUAUCCAGCUCCAGCCACGACUGGACCAGUUGGCACGAACUCAGGAGGACCAGGCUAAACAAAUCUCCGAGCUACGUGUGCGGUCUGCUCGAGUCUUGCAGCGAUGGUACGAAGUGGCGCUGGUUAGUGGCGGUGAAUGCUGGGCCGAAUGGGAAGGAAGACUGGAGGAUGUGGAAAGGGAGGUCAAACGGGAAGAAGUGGUGAGGGAGCGGCGAGCGAAGGAGUUGUGAGAAUGAGGCAGUUGCUUUCUUUUUCUUCUUCUGGUUCUGGCUCCCAUGUUCUUUUAGCGUGCUUGGCUUG